CUUUCUUCUGAUGAGGUUGUUCGGAAAGUGCUUUUUGACAAAUAUCUAUUUUGAAAUAGUCAACAUCAGUUAAAACAAAUAACAGAAAAUACAAGUAUACGUGUCAAAAUUUCUUUUAUUUUCCAUUCAGUUUUCAAUCAUAUGUUGAACGUGGUCGCCUUUUAAUUAAAAUCUUUUCGGAGUAAAAUUUGGAAGGAAAGGAAAAACCACAUUUCGAAAAGUUUGUUCGGAAAAUAAAUUCCCGAGUCAGCGGGACUCGGUCGAUGUUUGUUUUGUUCUUUUUUUUAAAUAAAAGACGGAUUUUUAAAAAGUUUUAAAAAUUCAGGAAGAGAAGAAAAUGUUGGCGGCAUCAUUUUGCCGGGAGUUGCAUUUUACUGUGUUGCCCUCAACAAUAAAUUCGAGGGUACCACGCUGUUUGUUUGGCAGUCCAAGCGCCAAGGAAACGAUGGAUCUUCUCCAGGACGCUUUGGAUGUGGAGAGAACGAGAUUUACCAGUAAAUGGGGAGUCGAUCCUAGAUCUGAAAAUGAUAAGGAGAAUAUUCUUCCAAGGUUCGAAAAGGUCGAGAGAUCGCCUAGGAAAAGGUGCAGUCCAUACUCGAGGCAAACUAAUAUUCACGAUUACUGGAAAUCUCGAAAGCUCUGCGAAGUAGGCAAAAAAUCUUCAAACAAUUUGGAAAACUCUAAUUGCAAUAAACAACAAAAUUCGGAAAAUAAGACGUCAUCAUUGAACUGAAAUAUAAGAAGGUUAUUCAACCAGAGAUUUGUGUCAACAGAUUUUUCUCGAAAAAUUCGUGAAUCAUGUUUACACUAUAAAAAACGUCUUGUAUAUUUAUUUUCUCAUUUUAAAAUAUUGUUAUAACGUUUUUAUUAGUUUGAUUAUUUACAACUUUAAAGCUUCGGGUAGUGGUACUAAUGUUGAAUUACUGUACUAUUUUGUAAAUAAUUUCGCCGUGAUUAAUGGAGGUUUGGGUGUAUCAUCGUGGCACUGAAGUCGUCAAACGUUUCUCACCAUUUUCAUAAAAUGAAAAAGAAAUUGACAAGUUUAAUAUUUUAUGUUAAGACUGCUUUUUAAUGUCACUUUUAUAUUUUAGAUUUAUACAUGUACAAAUUAUGAUAACAGAAAUAUAUUACUUUUUCUGUUUUCAGGGAAUAAUUAAAUUAAAUUGUUUUAAUUAUUUUAGUUAUAUUGAUUCAUUGAUUUUUUUUUCUCACUAGAAGGCUAGUAAAUGAGAAACGUUUAAGAAAUAAAAAGAAGAUUGUAUUUUGAACAUAUAUUUUAAAAAAAAAAAUUUUUUAGACGAAUUAUGCCACGAUGUUUACCAAAAGCCUGAAACUGUUGAUUCUUAGAGGAACAACGAUGCAGCGCCUCCAAAGAGUAACAUAAUUAUAUAUGAAAUUAAGUCUUCGAAUUCAAAGGAGUGAAUCGAAGCAAGUCCUAUGUAUAUCUAAAUCUAGAUUUAAGGAAAUUUCUAGUCAUCUAGAUAUUUAAGGAUAAUAAAUGAUUUCUAUUUCAUCAAAAA